UGUGAUUGGACGAGAGGUGCGAGGCUCCUGAGAGUUUCAGGAGGCACGUUUUUAACUUCUCAAGUUGGAUGGGAAGAUUCAGAAGUGCUUGAGCCGCCUCUGUUGGAGCCCAGUUGGGGUCUGAAGUGAAGCGACGGACCACGGAGACAGGCAAAGCCUCUAGGGGGCCAUGUCUGGUGGCAGCAGUGCUAACAACAGCUGGACCAUCCUCACGCCCGAGGAAAAUGUCGCUGAAACCCUGAGGCCUUUGGCAGAGGGGACGGAGCACCAUGGAGAAAUCCUUACAUCUGCAGAAGGUUCUGGGGAGAACCAGCCUGCAAGUGGUGCAGAGUCUGCAGAGGGGCUCCCUGUGGAGGGCCACCUGGUAUCAGACGACAAAACAGCAGAGCUAAGUGGAGACACAAGUACAGAGCAACACACCUCGGAGCCAGCUGCCCUCACUGAUGCUCCUGUUCCCACCUCUUUGGAAGUGCCUGGAAGUGAUGCACUCAGCCAGUCAGAGGGCCUACCCGAGGGCCCGGCCCAAACCACCCCUGACCCUGAUUCAUUUUCUGACUCCUACACCCACAUAACUCCCACCCCUGAUGAUCCCCCGGCCACACAGCUGACCACAGAAACUCUGGGAGGGUUGGAGUUUACACAGGAAGAAGAGACGCUCACUCAGGAAGGAACGCGGCAUUCACUAAAUGGGGAGGGGCUACAUCAGGACGGGGAGGAGUUAGACCCGUCAUCGAGGACAUGUGACGUGGGGAAACAGGCAGACUCCCCUGUCGAUUCAGAGGUGGGCGAGGAGAGGACUGAGAAGACAGGAGAGGAGGGAGAGUCAGAGGUGAGAAGGAGAUCUCUCUUAGCAGCUCUGGAGCGGGUCGGAAGAACAGAGGAGGAAGAAGAAAUAGAGGAGGAGUUCCAGCUGCCACAGCGGGACGAUGGCAGCGGGUUUUCUGUGAACAAGUGCAUCCUGGGUGCUGUGAUUCUGUUAGGCCUUGGCACCAUCUUUUUCUCAGGUGUCUUCAUGGACCUGGAUGAGGAGAGUGACUACGGUACACGGGAGCUGAAUGACGCAGAGUUACCAGGAAAACAGGAGUGGCUCAACCCAGAGAUUCCUCCACCCGCGGUAGAUGCUGACAAUACAGAGCUUCUAAAUAAUUUAGCCAAAGGGAAUGAGCAGAUUUCUGUGCUACAAGCCCAACUUCAGGCACAGAAAGAAGAGCUAAAAGUAGCCAAGGGACAGGCAGUAGAGGGAGCAAAGGAGCGGUUUCUUUGGGAGGAGGUGGAGAAGGAAAACAGUAGGUUGAAGAAAGAGAUGGCAUCUCUCCCUGUCCUUCAGAAAGAGAACGAGAGGAUGAAGAGAGAGCUGGAGUCUGUCCCGAUCCUACAGAAAGAACUAGAAACACUGAGAUCCACACUGACUGAAUUAAAACUCUCCUCAGCAGCCAAUGAAGCAGCUCAAGCAGCUGUGAAGCCCCCGACAUCUCCCUCCAGUGGCCAGCCUGAGGACAGCACACAGGGCACGGUCAGCUCUACUCAGAGACAGCCUAUGAAGCCAUGGGAUGACCAGAGAGAGAAAAAGAAGGAUAUGAAGAGGGAUAAAAAGGACAUGGGCGAGAAUAAGGAGGGGAAAGAGAGAGAAAGUCCUGAAUGGAAGGAAGGAGAAAAGAAACAGCGCAAAGAUGGAGGAAAGAGCGAAUGGAAAAAGGGAAAGCAUGAGCAAGGAAAGUUUGACAAGGAGAAAGAUAAGGAAGAAAAGCAGAAGAGGCAGAGUAGUGAGACAAAACAAUGGAAGGAGAAGGACUGGAAGAAGGAAAAGGCAAGCAGGGGCGAUGAAGGAAAGCCAUGGAAGGAUAGGGAAGGGAAGAAAGAGUGGGUAGAGAAGAGUGAGAGAAAAGAAUUGAAGGAAGAGAGAGGCUGGAAAAAGGCAAAACAUGAGAAAGAGAAUGAGGGUAAACAAUGGAGGGGUAAGGAGGAGAAGAAGGAUUGGAAAGUAGAAAAAGAGCAUGGAGAGAAGCACAAGGGCAGAGAGGAAUGGAAGGGAGAAAGGGGGUGGAAGAAGGGGAAAGAUGGCUACAAGGAAAGUGACAAAGAGAAAUGGGAGAAAAAAGAUUGGAAAGAGAAAGGAGAGAAGAAAGAGUGGAAGAAAGACAGUGACUGGAAGAGUAAGAAUGGUAAAGACCACAGUAAGGAAGGUAAAGGAAAGGGUGAAAGGAAACAGUGGGAAGAGAGCACAAAUCAUGGCAAAGAUAGGAAGAGGAAGGAUGAGAGGAAAGAGUGGAAGAGUGAAAAUGGUAAAGAUGACAAGGAAUGGAAGAGGAAAGAUGAGAGGAAACAGUGGAAGAGUGAAAAUGGUAAAGAUGAUAAGGAAUGGAAGAGGAAGGAUGAGAGGAAACAGAGUGAAAAGGAAGAAGAGCAGUGGAAGAGAGGAGGACAGAAAGAAAAAAAACAAAACGGAGAUUGGAACAAGGACAGAUCAAGUGCCCAGACACAUGAAGAUGAGCACGGAUUUACUUGUAUUCAUGGCAAGGAAGACCAUCUGUGGGGAGACAGGAAGACUCCUCACACACACCGCAGACCCUCCAUGGAACAGCCAGAGUACUGGGUCCAGCAGCGAGACCGCCUCCAGCACAAACCCAAACCACCACAGAGUUGUAACUCAUUGGAGUCCUGUGCCCAGGCUGAGGGGCUGCUCCCUGUCUCCUUCCCUGAGUUUGAGGUCAUCCUCCAGACUUACCUAGCUAAGGCAGAAGGGAUGGGAGUCGAUGCCUCCGUAAGAGAAGAGCUCAAAAAUCUAGCCACCCAAUUCUUCAAGGAUGGACUCUUUGUUCACGACCAGAUGAGCUUUCAGGAUUUCGCUGAAGAUCUGGAAGAUGUUUUGGAAGACAUGGUGGAAGGGGGUGAGAGCGAGGAAGAGGGUAGCGCCAGAGAGGAAGAAAUGGAGGGGUUCGAAGAAGAAGUCAUGAAAAAGUUUUCACUGCCAGGAGCAGGAGAGAAAGAGGAGAAAUCCAAAGGGGAGAGGAAGAAGGAGAGCGGACGAGGACGUGGCUGAUGAAGUGAUAAAAUUGAUGGAUCCGUUAAAAGUAACUGAGAAUGGUCCUGAUGGAUCAGGGGUUAUAAGAGAACAUUUCAUAUUGGACCACAAAUGCUUAUAAUUAUACAUGUAUCACCCUGUUGUCCUUUUUAUUUUAUUUCACUUGUGUAAGAAAAACAAGAACUCAUAGUUUAAUUUCACUGUUGUGGAUCGUUUUGUAUUUUACCUGUGCACAUGUACAGACACAUUUAGGACUUUAGUACUUCAGUACACCCUUUGCAUUGGGGAGGUUAAACCUGUUAGACUGAUUUGGUAUGUUGCUUUGAAUAUCAUCCAGGAAUAGAUACUGUAUAGUCUUGCUCAAACACACCACACCUCCUCAUCUGCAAACAGAACUAUGCACUGUUAAAGUCUACCUAUUCACUGAUCAGGCCUGUGCCUACUGUAUUCCCUCUUUACGUAUUAACUGCUUUAGCCUGACUCUUAUCGUCAGAUUAUCUUUAGAUCAUUAACAGUUUUUAUAAAGGGUGGCGUGAACGUGGCCUGCUGAGAGAAAAAAGAAGCUCAAGUUUAGUGAAUAUUUUCAUAGAUUGUUUUGAAUAUUUGUACAUAUUGCAUUAAAUGUGUUUUAAGAACUAUGUUAAAAUGCAGAAAUAUGCUUAUUAUAUAUACUAUAACUUAUUUUAUAGAGGUUGACAUAAUAUAAAUAAACAGACAAUUGGUUGGCACAUAAGAUAUCAACAUGUUGAGCAUGUAUUUUUCUUUUCAGGUCCAAAACUCAUGUUGUGCACUAAAAUGUCCUUAAUUAUUGUUUUAUUGUGAAUGUAGCAAUAGUUCUUAUUGAUUAGGGUUAGCCGUGGAAAAUUUCUGUUUUCAAAAACACCAUUUCUUAUCUGUUGUUGUUGCUGAUUUGAGGGCCUGCAGCCACAUAGAAGUAGUUGUUUUUUUCUUUGCAUAGGGUGUUGAUGCAGAACCACAUACUGUGUGGCAGCUUAGAGAACUAUGUAUGAUUAGGAUGUUUAUAUUUGCCCGUUACUGUCAUGCAAGCAGAAUAAUAAAUUGCUGCAUCCCUGUGAUGAAAUAA